AUGGUAUUGGAACGAGACAACGAAGUUCGUCGCAACGCCGAUCUACACCAGCGAGCUCUCGCCGAUGACGCUGCCGCUGCCGCCGCCGCCCUCCUUGCAGAGCAGCAACAACGUGCCGAUGCAGCCGCCGCCCUCCUUGCGGAGCAACAACAACGAGCUGAUGCAGCCGCUGCAGGCUUUGCUCCCCCGCGAUAUGUCAAUCGCGUGGCCGUGAAACUUCCAGCUUUUUGGAUGGACAAGCCGGCCGUUUGGUUCGCGCAAGCUGAAGCGCAGUUCGCUUUGGCUGACAUCACCGUUGAGCUGACAAAAUACUACCAUGUCAUCUCUCAACUGGAUGUUCGUGCAGCCGCGGAGGUCGAGGACAUCAUCAGCAAUCCUCCGGGUGUUGAACCUUACACGAAUUUGAAACAACAUCUCAUCCAACGUCUCUCAACAUCAGAGGAACAGCGAGUUCGUCAACUUCUCCACGACGAAGAGCUCGGCGACCGCAAGCCAUCGCAGUUCUUGCGACACCUCAAAUCGCUUGCUUCCCCGACCGCCGUACAACCUAACCUUCUGCGUCAUCUAUGGCUCCGGCGUCUUCCUACCCACGUCCAGGCCGUAUUAACAGCCCGACCAGAGCUUUCACUUGAGCAGCUUUCGGACUUGGCAGACAAAAUCGUCGAGAUUUCUCCGAUUUCUUCAGUACACGCGGUCGCAGACGCAGUGGAGCAGCCGAUCAUGGGCUCCGAUUUCCUCGCACACUACGACUUGCUGCCCGACUGUCGACGAAAGCGUUUGAUUGACGCUUCCACGAACCUCUUCGCGCCUGCGUCGAUGCAGUUUUCGUCGCAAUGCAGCGUCAAGACUGUAGCAGCAAGCGGCGAUUACUCGGACAUCAUCUCGGCAUUUCCGGAUCUUCUUCGUCCUCUUGGUUUGCCGAGACCGAUCAAGCACUCGACUGUUCAUCACAUACGCACGACCCCUGGCCCGCCGCUGUCAUGCCGUCCUCGUCGCUUGGCGCCCGAGAAACUUCAAGUUGCCAAGACCGAAUUUGACCAGAUGUUACAAGCAGGUGUGUGCCGUCCUUCCGAAAGCCAGGGGUCAUCACCAUUGCACCUCGCACGUAAGGGUAAGAAUGGCUGGCGACCUUGUGGCGAUUUUCGAGGACUCAACAGCCGAACAAUCCCGGAUCGGUACCCUGUUCGUCACAUACACGACUUCGCCAACAACAUCGGAGGAUCGACUAUUUUCUCCACGAUCGACUUGGUCAAGGCGUAUCAACAGAUACCUGUCAACCCGGACGACAUCUGCAAGACUGCCAUAACCACACCUUUCGGCCUGUACGAAUUUCCUUACAUGACAUUCGGAUUGAAGAACGCUGGCCAAACGUUUCAACGCUUCAUCGACGAGGUGACUCGAGGUUUACCCUUUUGUUACGUCUACAUAGACGAUAUUUUGGUAUACUCAAGAUCGCAAGAGGAGCACCGCCGACAUCUCGAGAUUUUAUUCAAACGCCUACACGAGUACGGCCUUGUCAUUAAUCUCGAAAAGUGUUCAUUCGGCCAGCCGGAAGUUCGAUUUUUGGGUUACCUGGUGUCAGAGGCAGGUGUUCGCCCGCCUGAAGAUCGAGUCCAAGCUAUUCUCGACUACACUUUACCGAAGACAGCUCACGACCUUCGACGUUUUCUCGGCAUGUUCGAUUUUUAUCGUCGUUUCGUCAAACAUGCAUCCGAGUUGGAAGCGCCCUUAUACGACGCUCUUAGCAAGCCACUCAUAAAAGGAUCACAGCUUAUAACAUGGACACCGGACUUGGAAAAAGCUUUCGUUCGUUGCAGAGGCAGCAUCGCAACUGCGACACAGCUCUCUCACCCCCGUCUCGGCGCACCACUGGGCCUUUUCACCGAUGCAUCCGGAACUGCUGUCGGCGCGUGUUUGAAUCAGUGGAUCAACGACGCUUGGCACCCUUUGGCAUUUUUCUCGAAGAAAUUAUCGCCGAAAGAAGCUAGUUGGCCAGCCUAUUACCGAGAGCUAUUAGCGGUUUAUACAGCAGUCCAGCAUUUCCGGCACGCCUUAGAGGGUUACACUUUCAAAAUUUAUACAGAUCAUAAGCCUUUAAUCCACGCAUUCACGCUGAAGAAGGAGAAGUUACCACCGAUUCAGUUGAAUCAACUGUCAUUCAUCUCGCAGUUUUCAACUGACAUCGUAUACAUCAGGGGAGCCGAAAACGUAGUCGCCGAUGCGCUCUCUCGUGUAGAAGCCGUCUCGUCUAUCAAUUACGAGGAGCUUGCACAAUCUCAAGCUAUUGAUGAAACCUUGAAGAGUUUCCUCGACGAUCCUGGUACAUCUUUACGCCUACAAAAGAUCGAGCUUCCCGGCCUACGCACUUCUGUAUACUGUGAUGUUUCAACCGGCAAGAAUCAAAAGGACAUACAAGAUGCUAAGCGAGCGUUUUAUUUGGCCUUCGAUGAGAAAAGACUGCCCGCUCUUGCAUUCCCUGCCAGAAGUCGAAAGUCACUCGACAUGUGCAUUCACCGUUGGGUUCAUUUGCACAUACGACGCAACGUUUCUCACAUGUGCACGCUGCCGUUGAAGGAUACAUCGACCGAGACUGUAUGCAAAGGUUUUCUUCAAGCUUGGAUCUCCCGUUUUGGCUGUCCUGAUGUGUUGACUACGGAUCGUGGUGGCCAGUUCACUUCUCACCUGUUCACAAAUGUCGCUAAGCAUCUCGGCAUUCAGCUUCGUCAUACCAGUAGUUGGCAUCCACAGAGCAACGGGAUUGUCGAGGUUUUUCAUCGACACUUGAAAGCUUCGCUCCUGGCCCAUCAACACGAAAAUUGGCUCGAAGCUCUUCCUCUCGUGCUGCUUGGUAUUCGCUCAGCUUUCAAAGAGGACAUCUCGUCGACUGCUAGCGAAAUGGUUUACGGUGAGACGCUGCGCCUACCCGGUGAGAUGCUAAAAACUUCGACUCCUGCUCACAUCACGGAUCCAGCGAGUUUACUACAUCGUCUUCGUGCAAUAUUCCACCGUUUGCAACCGGUACCAGCCUCCAGGCAUUGCAAGCCUCGCGUCUUCGUUUUUCAAGAUUUGCGUGACUGCGGUUACGUCUUCUUGCCCGACGACAAGAUUUCGAAAGCUUUGGUGAACACACCUUUUACCGGCCCUUGGAAGGUGUUAGAACGCACAGAGAAAAUUUUCAAGCUCAGCAUUCGUGGAAAAGCUGUCACCGUGUCAAUCGAUCGCUUGAAACCUGCCUACGUGUUGGACGACGACGUGUAUUCAAUUUCUGUGGACAAUCCAGACCUUGACACUACUUCGGCCGUUUCCUGUGCCUCGCAGUUGUCGUCUUCGAUCAAUAACCGAACUAACCGACAUGUUCAUUUUGAUAUUUAA